AUCUCCAGCCGUCCAACCCUCCUGCCUUGUACUCGGAUACAACGGUCCCGUCCAUUGUGUACUUAUCCCCUCCGCCGGAACACGGUAUUCCGAUCUGGUCUCCAAUGCCAGGACCACGACGACCACUACCUCGUUGUCUUUGAGCGGGCAUCGAGACCAGACGCGAUGGCAAUAAUUCUCGUAUUUAUUUUCCUUCUCUUCUCCUCUGCCUCUCCCGCUCUCUCCCUCCCGUCCUCGGAGGCCUCCCUCCUCGCCUCUUCUCCAUCGCCUCAGUCCCCUUCGUUCCUGCAGGGCGUGGUGAAGGCGAUCGCGGCAAGGGAGCGGUGGGAAGGGGACGUUAGGGUUUCGGAUCUGGACGCCGGAAGCGCUAGAGUCGGGGGAUCCCAGAGGUACGAGUUCCACGUUCGGGUGGGUCGGACGGUUUUGGUGCUGAGGCUUCCCGACGAGGUCCUCUCCUGGAGGAAGGCGCAUGGCUCGGUGGAGUUCGGGCCGGAUUUGACGGCCGGAACCGCCGUGGAGGGGUUGAUGCCGGUCGUCAGGGAUUUGGAGUUGGAAGGGCCGCUCGAUUUGCGCGUUUCUGGUGGUGGGGAUGAUUGGCUCUCGCUUCAUUUGCCUGCUCUGAACAUCACACACAGACAUUUAAGGCGGGUAAUUGUUGGCAAUGGUAUCAGAGUAAAGCUAGAGGGCGCUCAGGAAGUCUCCCUUAUUCACCCUUAUGACAUUGGUCUGUCGCUGAAUGGAAGUUUAGCAGCCCGAAGGGAAGAACAUAAGCAGUUUUGGGCCUUUGGUUAUUCUUCAUGUGCUCCAAUACUUUCAGUGCAUGUUGGAGGAUCAGCCUCAGUAAUUGCAGUUAGGAACCGUAACUCACUAGCUUCUAUUGAAACAUCAUUCAAGUCUCCCGAUACAAUUGAAUUGUUAUCUGAGAAGUGUUACAAUGGGAAUUUCAAGCAAAUUCCUUCAUGCUUAUUUUGCUCUAUUAGCAAGAGGUUGGUCCUAUUGGAGAAAGCCUUAGGAAGCGUGCUCGGCAACCGCAUGUUCCAGAGCGAGUCUGUGCGCUUCCUGAAAGCAAAAAUCAUGUCAUCAACUUUCAUCAAAUUUCGAUUGGAGCUUGAAAGAGACAUAACCACGAAUGACAGGGUCUGGAAAAAGACUGCAGAAUGGAAAACAAAACGUACAGUUGAACGGCAUUGGUUUGAGAUAGUGGCUAGAGUUGAAGGGGAGGGAGUGCUGAGGCCUAUGAUAAUUAAGAAGCUGAAGAGACCUUUUAUUGUAGCUGAUUCUACUGCCUGGAGCAAUCUGAUGUCUAAUAUUUCGUUCACUCAGUUCCCAUCUAUUGUUGUACCUCCUGAGGCUUUAACAUUGGAUGUGAAGUGGUAGGAAGUAUAUAGCUUUUCUUAUUUUGGAAGCGUGUGGAUUCAGAUGGAGAUUCCACGCACAAGAUACCGUCUGUUGUGUGUACCAAGAGUCAUGAGGCUGUGUGGGUGGGGGUGGGGGGGAGACGGCUUCAUGAGGUUAUUUGUAGAGGGGAAAGAAAGGUGGUGUAAAUAAGUAGCCAUCUCAGUGAUGCAAACAUUUCUUUUUAGAUAACAGAAAAUAAUAUUAUUUUUUUGUGUCCAUGGUAACG